CAGGGAAUUAGUUCUCCAACUGAUCAACCAAUCUACCUGUCAAAGCUUGUGAGCGACGCUUUGGAAUCUCUUCGAAGGAUAAAACAAGAAAUGACGACAAAAGAGAACCUGAAAGCCGAUAUGUGGUGUCAUUUUGGACAAGCCGUCAUCCGAGGACCUGACCAAGGUAAUGCUCAAAUUUUGUUUAACCAAUACACUUAGAAAAGUUAAUAUCGCAUGUGAAUCGUGUAAUCCUUUGUCUGGCCCAUCGGGUGAAAAUUGUCUCUAGUACUUUAGCUUGUCAGUCUGUUGUUCGUUAGCUUAUAUUGAUUGUUGCUACACUAAGAGAGGAAUUGAAGAGAGCCUAGGUUUAUACUGUUGCCUUGUGAGCUAAUUUUACGUUUUGCUUUAUCCUUAUUAAUUUCUAUGCCCCCAUCUCCUUCAAGCCCUUAAGUGCCUCGUAUUUUCGUGUAGUGUACGUGUGGGGGUGGGAAGGGGUGGUAAGGGGCUCAUAAGCCGGGGACGGAUCAUGUUAAUAACAAAUAACCUCCGCCAGCUCUGAUGUUUGCAUGUUAUGACUUGCUUUUUUUUGUAUCUUACAUGAUGUAAUAAAAUGUAUGCAGAAGAAGCUGAUCGAGGAAGGUGGAGUAUUGAUGAGGCAACGAACAAGUUUAACUCACCACUUGAAGGAAACUACUGGAAAAUAGUAUUGAAGCCAGGAGUGAAACUAGAUGGAAAAGUUCUGGAAAGACAUAUCUGCGAUUCAAAUCCAGAUGAGUACGUCGAUUAUGUUGCAAGAUAUGAGUUAGAAUUUUUAACGCCCUGCUGUUAUCAAGUAAUGUGCAAGGUGAGGUUCAAAAUUCAUUUCGUCAACUAUAUUUCGCUAUAUUUGCUAAUACUCUAUCCUUUCUAUCAUAACUGUGCCAAUUUGUAACUCGAACAAAAGAGGCAGGGUUUUUGGCCCAGAUACCAAAACCCCAGGAGGCAUCGUAAGCGUAAAAGAACUAACUGUUGGAAUAUACAAUUUCUAUGUCAGAAAAGUUUUUCUAUGUUGUCUGGAGAAAGGAAUGGGCUAGUUUGACGUUUCAUCAAUGAAAUAGCUAAUGCCAUAGUCGAACGGUGAACAGAAUAAAUGGGAAAUGAUGACGGAGCACCAUGCAAUGAUGAUUUAUCAGCAAAUAGCUACAGGAGUCAGGAUAUUGACAUUAUCUUAUCUUGAAAUAAUUAUAAAAACUAGGAUUAAUCGGAGCUUAAGAGAGUGCGUUCGAUAUGGUUGCUAGGCUACAGAUAACAGUUGAGGGGAAAGGGUGGAUGGUUCUUGCGAUAGAUAACGAAUUGGAGCGAUUUUGGUUCCGCGAAAGGUAUCAUGGGGAAGGCGAAGGUAUCAUUUAGGUAUCAUACAUCAACACUAAACGUUCCCAUGGGCCAUUGCGUGAUACCCCUAGAUCGAUCGCAGACGCCUAACACUUGAGACGCCUAGGAACGAGGCAGAAGCCUUACCUAGUUUUUCGGGGGGGGUGGUCUACUUCUCUCGUCAAUAACGGAACUGGAAAACGAGCACGAUUUCGCGCGUCUUGUGUAGAAUGAAUUUCAUAUUCAUUUAAUUUUUACUUCGGAGUGUUGAAGGGCUAGAGCCGAUUGAACCUCCAGAAGGUACAAAGGGACAUACGAGAGCACCGUGUGACAAGAUUUCUGUAAGCGGUAAUUGUUUAAUUUUAAGCUUUCUAUUUUUCGUUCUAAUCGCUCAGGUGUGGGUUACAAAAAAGAACGUCGGCAAAAAACUGGAAGAUAUACCAGCUCCUUUUAGUGACGUCAAGAAUAUUUUGAAAGAGAUAGAGUUCAAAGAUGAAGCCACACGUUCACGAUGCAGGGGAUGGCUGGUUCUACCAUCUCGGAAGUACCUGCAAGCAAACAUUUUGUUUCCUGGCUGCGCAUUUGAUUGUAGGCUCCAUGUUCGUGGAAGGAUUGGUACGAUUUUCUGUUAUGAAUACGUUAGUGGAAGCAUCACAUUACAUGCACGUAUAGCCCAGUGUCAAUAUUCGACCGUUAUGACUAUUUGUCUAUUGGUCUAUUUAGAUUUUAGUAUUACACCUUUGUGUACUGUUUUAAGCUUUAACUAAGUAUCAAUCGAAUAAUGAACCUCCUAUUUGAUGUUUUUAAGAUAAUACCCGCGGACAUAUACAAAAUUAUCCGAAGCGUUAUUAAAAUUCCAUACGUGAGUGUCGCUGUUAUUCUUGGUAAGACUUUGCCUUGGUUCACCCAGUCAUGCUAACUAACGAUUUGUGGGGGUCCACUAAACAAGCAGCGACACAGCAUAACAGUCGAAGCACAAUACAACGUACAGCCAACAACGUUGAAUCUCCAAAGAUGUGCUUACAUCCCAGGUAUUUAAGUAUUCAAUCAAUUUACACUUCAUGUACGAUGGCAUAAUACGUCACAUUCCGCGCCACCCCCCGCCCCCCUCACAAAAAAAAGAAAUGAACGGAUACUUUAAAAAGAAAGUAAACACUUCUACAGUGCAAAGUUCAAAAGACUUCCGGUCAUUUCUGAUUCAAAAGUAAGUUGGAGGAUUCUCUUUUAAAAAGCUUUGAAUCACCUAAAUUUACAGUUAUUGACACUUCUGCAAGAGCAAGUGAAGGCCAUUAGAAACGUUGUAGAAAAUCAGAAAUGACCGGAAGUCCUAAAGUCUAGGACUUCAAAUCCUGUUUCCCCAGAGCCUCCUGGUCCUCGUGCUCAGGCCCCCAGGAGGCUCUGGGGACGAGAAUGUGAUCACUCGACCGCUUCUCGUAGUAACAACUGUAGGCACUGGUGACACUUGGUCACUGUCUGGUACCGGCUGGGCAACGGUGGACCUUCCGAAAUCUCCACAUCAGGAGGAACAGGCAACGGAGAUCGUGGAAGUUCAGCAACUGUGACAGGCGGGCAAUGUUGUAGGUUAGUCGAAAGCUCCGGGAAUGGGGCUUCAAUGAAUGGUUCUCUGGUAAGUCUGAGGUGCCUCCUAUUUCUCGUGUAGGUAUGGCCAUCCUCCGUUCGGACCUUGUGAGACCUGAUGUCAACCUCCUUCUCCACAGUGGCUUUUGUCCAUCUCUAAGAAUCUACGUCUGGUUUGAUGCGUACUACAUCUCCAGGUUCCAGUCUUGUCAACUCUUUUGCACUCCUGUUGUACUAGCGGGUCUAUGUAGCUUUCCUCACCUUACGCUUGUGUGGGGCACCGUGGAUUGUCUCAGGAACAAGUAACCUUGCAGAUGUUGGCAACAGUGUCCUAGUCCUCCGUCCAAAGAGACGUUGUGAAGGAGAACUUCAAAUUCCUUCAGUUGGAGUGUUACGGUAAUCCAAAAGUGACAAAUUUGGGUCGGUUCCUGUAUCACGUCCCUUUUGCAUGAUGUUUUUGGGCAAUUUUAACAGCAUUCUCUACCUUCCCCUUAGACUUCGGGAAACGAGGAGAGCUGGUCAGGUGCUCAAAUUCAUAAGCUAACGCAAAUUCCUGGAAGUCCUUCGAAUUAAAAGGGGGCCAAUUGUCACUAAACAAUUGAACAGGUAUCCCAUGUCGAGCAAACUGGGACCUAAGCUUGGAGAUCACUUCCGUGCUUUUCUUGUCAUAAAUUCUGUCAACUUCAAAGGAGUCGGAGUAGUAGUCCACACAAACCAAAUAAUGCUUGCUCUCAAAGUCAAACAGGUCACAGGCUACCUUCUCCCUGGUCUUGAUGGGAUUUCAUGGCUUAUAAUCGGCUCUUUCUGCUGAUCAGGCUGAUAGCUCUUGUAUACAGUACAACUCGAAAUAGAAUCUUCAAUGUCCUUACUCAUUCUAGGCCAGUAAACAAUUUCUCAGCCUCUUCUGACGCAACUCUGUAUCCCUUAAUGGCUCUGGUGCACUUUCUGCUUGAACUCCUCUCUUAUACUCGGUGGAAUCACUAACCUCUCACCUUUGAAAACCGAACCAUCUUGCACGGACAGUACGUCAAAGCUCAGUGAAUUAAUGCUUUCAACCGCUUGCUCCAGCAGAGAUCUAGCAUCUGCUGCAAAAAGGACACCUGCGUCAGCACCUUUGACCUAUGUCCUAGGUACAUAGGCUGUACUGAGGGUAUCUGCAGCAUGGAGAAGCGUGCCCUUUUUAUACUCGAAUUCGAAGUCAAAGUUCUGCAAGCGCAACAUCAUCCUUUGAAGACGUCUUGGCGCACUUAACAAACUCUUCUUGAGUAUUGAUUCCAGUGGCUUAUGGCUUAAAUCUCUUACCAUAAACAUAACUCUCAAACUUCUCAACCCCAAAUACUCUAGCUAAAAGCUCCUUCUCAAUCUGUACAUACUUAGACUCUGCGGGUGUCGGAGAACGCGAAGCAUAGGCCAAAGGCUGCCCAUUCUGCAUAAGACAUGCACCCAAACCAUGCUGAGAAACAUCACAUUGUACCACUACUUCCACACUUGUUUCAAAGAACUUAAGAACAGGUGCAGAAGCUAUCACUGCUUUCAUGCGCUUGAAGCGCUCUCCAUGGACAACUUCAUCCCAGACAAACUCAACAUCCUCUUUUAACAAGUCUCUCAUAGGUUUAGUAACCUCAGAUAAGCCAGAUGUAAAUUUCUGCAAGUAAUUUACCAUUCGCAACCCUUGGUUGUCCGUUGGCGUAGGCAUACGCAGUAUUGCCUCUACCUUGGCUGGGUCCGGUUUCAACCCCUCAGCAGAAAUGAUGUGACCAACAUACGACAGUUAAUAAAGUUUGAACUUGAGCUUAUCCUUGUUCAAUUUGAUGUUCUUCGGAAGACAACUGUCAAGCAGAUUCAGGAACUUAGAGUCAUGGCCUUGCAAUGCAGCCUGAUUAGUGUAACCAACACCAAACACAAUGAUGUCAUCUGCAACAGCUUUAACUCCAUCAAGCCCUUCGAUGGCUUCAUAAAGCUAACUCUGAAAUUCUUCUGGAACCGGUGCUAUGCCAAAGGGCAUUGCUAAUCAUCGAAAACGGCCCCAGGGUGUACGAAAGGUUGUUAAGUUACUGCCCUCAUCUAAAGGCACAUGCCAAAAACCAUUC